AUGUCCUUCGCCUCGAUCAACAUCAUCGCACCGAUUCCCUCGAAAUCUACAUCUCAGUCCCGGGACGAACGGCAGGAUGACGUGCCGGCUUCCCCAUCCACCCCUCGGUCGGUAUCGGAUAUGGGAUCGGGAUCGGGAUCGGCUCCAUUUCAUGGUUACUUCCUCACACCUCCGGACACGGACCACGAUGAUGAGGGAUAUUGUGAUUCGUCAUCGAUGAUUUCUUUGUCACCAUCGUUGUCUCCUCAUCAGCAGUCACCCUUGUUGGGAUCCUUCGAAGGUGGGGUGGGUGAACCACUGUUGAACAGUGGGCUAGACACGACGAACAUCCGAGCACACCGACAGCAUAUAUCCCGCCUGCAAUGCAAUCCGUCCGACGUCGAUGCCAUUCGCAGGGCUCUUCUUUCUGAAGAGGAGGCGGCGGAAUUCGCUGCGUUCAACGAGGACGAUUGUCACCCGAGUUCGCUCCCUCCCCAACUGUCACCCCGCAGAAGGGCCGUCACGCUAAGCCGCAGUCGUUAUCGACCGAUAGCUGCCGGCUCCGGACUCUCUGAUGCAUCAGUGUUGGAGAACCGAAACCGAAGGAAGAGCAGCGCCGGCGUUCUCUCGUCGCACCGGAUUGAAAAAAGCUACUGCCUGUCCUCCAGCCGGGAUCAUUGUAAGAAAAGCGAGCAGGGUCUGAGAAGGAAAAGCCUUGUGAGUGCUGCCUUGGCCUCGAUGGUCGAAAAGGCACCGCACACGAUUCUCUAG